AUGGCGACGCGAGGGCGCGGCUCCGCGGAGCUCGCUGGUCAGCUGACGCAUCCGCAGCGCGUCGCGCUCGGCCUAGUGACCAGCCUCACAGGCUGCGCGGAGAGGCGGGCCCUCGCGCUUCUGCAGAGGGCGCGCUGGGACGCGAACGCGGCGGUCGAUCUCUUCUUUUCCGCGCCCCAGCCUCCGCGCACCGCGGCCUCGUCGUCCGCCGCGUCUUCUCUCGCGUCGUCUCGAAGGCCGCCGCCGCGCCCCUCCAGCGCGACGGCCCCCCGCUCGGCUUCCGCGGCGACUCCCGGCGCCCGCGUCAAGACGCGUCGAAGCGCCUCUUCCGCGGGCCCCUCCGCCGCCGCUCCGCCGUCCGCCACUUCGUUUGGCGCCUUUCCGGCGGCGAGCCCCGCGUCGCCAAUUCUUCUUGACGACUCCAGUGAGGGCGAAGAGGCUGGCGCGCAGCAGACGCAGGAGCGGGCCGCUGCGGCGGGCGCCGAGUCUCCGCUCGCGGCUGGCGAAAACGCGCGACCGCGAGAUCGCCAGAGACCGCGCGACUGCGAGAGUCAGCCACAGGCGGCGCCAGGCGCGUGCAGCAGGCGGAGUGAACACGACGCGCAGGCGCAGGGAAGAAAGCGGGUGUUGACCGAGACGAAGGGGAGGCCAGCCGACGGAGUUGAGGACUACGAUGGCGCCUUGAAAAUCCGGAGGACAGAGAGUCCCCCCAACGCGCGAGGCGUCCGCCAGCCGGCACCUGCUUCGUCGUCGACGCCUGCGGCUUCCGCCGAGUCAUCGGUCUCACCGCUGCAGGCCGACUCAAGCCCUGCGGCGGCAGAGAAGAGGGCGCUUCUUCUAGUCGAUCCGCUGCAGCGGGCCCAGAGCCGAAAACGCGAAGAACGCGCCACAGAGGCUGAGCAAGUCUUCAAGAUCCUUCAGCAAAAAUACGCUUGGAGACACCGCGAAAUCGAGCGGCACAAAAACCCGCUCAGCACCUCCGGAGUCAAAGGCAGUUGGACUGCGUACCUCGGCUGCCUCACCCUCGACUCGACCGUCAUGACAGCUGCCUUCACGCGCCCGCCGGCGACUCCGCAGAUGCAUCUGGUGGCGGACAUGCGCGUGCAGCUGCCGAGCUCGGGAGGGACUUUCUUUGCGCAGCGCCGCGCGCCGCCUACGCUCUACCGUGUCGACCCGCAGGACCGGGAGCUCCGCGAGGAGGCGCGGGCGCUGCUCGAGGGCGCCUCCUCUCAGAAGGGCGGGAAGGUCCUCUCUCGCGCGCCUGCGGAGAAGAAACGGCCGCUGCCUCCGCUCGCGACGCUGCUCAGCAACCUGACAGACGCGUCCUGCACGCUGCGCCUCCUCCUCGGCGACCGCGAGGCCGGCAGAAUGCAAAAAGACCUCACCAAGGAGAUUCUCCUUCUCCUUCUUCUCGAUGUCAUAAAGGUUCAUCUCACGUGGCUUCCCAGCGCGCCGCCGGUGUUUCCGCUGCGGGUCGGGGUGACUGUGAGCGUCGCGGUCCACGUGUGUCUCACCUCCAACCUCUUCCGCCUGGAGAAGGCGAAGAACUGUGUCGACCUAGACCUGGGAGGGCAGUCCAGCCACGCCCUUGCGCGGCUCUUCCGCGCCGUUGGCGCCCCGAUGAAGAAUCAGGCCGAUCUGCUCCCUGCGGGUGUCGCCGGCGAUGGCGGGUGGGGCCUUGGCCUUGUCCCCAUGCCGUCUCCUGCGUCCCUUCCGUCGCUCGCUUCCUUUUCUGGGGUGCGAGGCCGCCUGACGGCGCACCGCGUGCAGGAGGGAGCCGGCGGCGUGGGGAACUCGGAGGGCGAGCGAGCGAGAAACAGAGAAGAAGACGGCGAGAGAAGAGAGGGCCGCGAGCCGCAGGAGGGCGACGACGACGAGGACGAGAGGCUGAGUGAGUCGGAGGACGAAGGAGCGCUCGACGCGGGAAACCGGCUCUCGGAUUUCGUCUUCGGCACCGACGCCGUGCCGCCGGCCGCUCCCCUCCCGCCGCCGGCUGCCGCGCGGCCUUCGGCUCUCUGCGCGUGGCCUUCUUCGCUGGCGCAGGCGUCGGCGCUGCGCAGCGGUGGGCGCGGCCCGCGCGGGCGUCUCUGCCCGUCUCCGCGCGUGUUUCGCACGACGCUGCGGCGAUACCAAGAGGAAGGGCUGCAGUGGCUGGUCGCUCGCGAGGCGGAUGACUUUGAGCUGCUGACGAAGAAGCGCGCCGAGAACGCCAAAGGCGGGGCCGACGCUGACCAGCUCACGUUCCUUCCGCCUUCCUGGUUUCGCCUCGAACUCCCUGCGGCGGUGCCCGCCUCUCUCCGUGCUUCUUCCCCGUGUCCGUCGCGGGCGAGUGAAGAAGACGCCGGGUGGUCCUGGGUGCGCGGAGACGGGAGAGACGCAGACAGCUCGGCGGCUGGCUGGAAAGGAUGCGCGAACACGCUCAAGUACCUGUUUUGCAAUUUCGACGUCUGCGCCUUCUCGCUCACCUGCCCGACGUCCUCCAUGUCCGUCAAAGGCGGCAUUCUAGGCGACGCCAUGGGCCUGGGCAAGACCAUUCAACUCCUCGCGCUCGUCUCCACCGACCUGCUGGCGCCCUACGACCCGCAGCUCCCGCUGGCCUCAGACGGCGCAGGCAGCGACGCCGGAGACGACGCAGCUGGCUCGCGGGCGCCGGCAGCGGCCGGCGGCGCAGGAGGCGGUGGAACCGAGGGGGUGCGCGGCGACAGCGGAGGGAAGGACGAAGGCCGCCGCGGCGCGCGGGCCUCGCUGGAUGCAGGGAAGGGCGGGCAGACGGCGACGCGCGAGGGUCCGGAGAGAGAUGUUUCGCGCGGGCUCAGCCCCGAAAGGGACCGCAGUGCCGGAGGCGUCGUGCGCGCUCCUCCUGCGCCGCGUCCGCCGCGCCCCGAAGCGAUCGCGCAGCACCUGAAGCCGGACCAGGAGGGUUUCUACCCGGGCGGCACGCUCGUGGUGGUGCCUCUCUCGCUGCUGUCGCAGUGGCGGGAAGAGAUCCUUGCGCACAUGCAGCCCGGCGUGUGCUCGUUCUACGAGUACUACGGGGCGGGGCGGAACAAGAGUCCCGCUUUCCUCGCCUCCCACACGCUGGUCAUCACCACCUACCAGACUCUCGCCACGGACUUCCGGCAGGCCGCGCAGGGCGGCGCCGCCGCGCUCAAGGCGACCGGCCUCGGCGCGGCCUCGCCGCUGCACGCCGUCUUCUUCUACCGCGUCGUCCUCGACGAGGGGCACCUGAUCAAAAGUGCGCCGUCCAGCCAGAGUCAGGCCUGCUGCGCGCUGCACGCAGAACGAAGGCAAGCCGAUCUCCAGCGUGCGCGAAACUGCGCCUGCACACGCGUCUCAGCCUUACCACACAGUGGAGAGCUUCACGUCGCGGAACUGUGGAUGCUGACUGGCACGCCGCUGCAGAACGACGUGAGCGACGCCUUCGCACUCGUCAAGUUCCUCAAAAUCCUCCCGAUGGGCACCGCGGCUUGGUGGAACGCCCAUGUCGCCCAUCCGAUGGAGCGCGGUCAGACGUCAGCGGCGAUCAGCACAGUGCGCAGCAUUUUGUUUCCGCUGAUGCUGAGACGGCACGCGAAUUCGAAGGGCGAAGACGGGAAGCCGAUUCUGCCACUCCCUCCGAUCUCCUUCCACUGCUUCAACGUCUGCCUCACGCCCUUUGAGCGCGAACUCUACAUGGCAUUUUUCACGCGCAGUCGAGAAGAGUUCGAGAGGCUGCUGAAGGCCGGCGUGGUUAUGACCAACUACUCGCACGUGCUGCUCCUUCUCUUGCGGCUGCGGCAGCUCUGUUGCCACCCCUCGCUCGUGACGGCCCGCAGCCGUGAUCUGCAGGAGCGAAUUCUCUCGGGGACCCCGGAGGACGUCGACCGCCUCCUCGGAGCUCUCUUUCGACGGAAAGACGGCGACGCGGACGGAAUGGCGCCCUCGUCGUUCAUGAGCAGUGUUGUCCAGGACGUGCGCGAAGGCCGCGUAGAAGACUGCCCCGUCUGCUUAGAUUUUCCGGCGGAGCCGGUGCUCCUGGCGUCGUGCUGCCACACACUGUGCCACGCCUGCGCGCUGAACAUGUUGCGGCGGAAGCAGAACGAGUGCCCAGUGUGUCGGCGCAGAUUCGAGCGCAGCCACGUCAAGCUCCUGCCUGCACCCGCGCGUCUCGGCGUCGCAAACGGGGCGGCGACGGGGCCGGGCGCGAGCCCCCCAGGCGAGGGGCUGGGCGACGCAGGCGCCAGCGAGAAGUGCGAGGAGUUCUUCUUCAGCACGAAGCUCAAAGUGGCUGUAGCCCUCGUGGCGGAGGACGUGCGCCGCGGCCGCAGCGCCGUCGUUUUCUCGCAGUGGACCUCCAUGCUUGACACCAUCGAGCGAGGAUUCGCGGAGUACGAGAAGCAGCGGAGACCCCACGCGGGAGCCCAGGCAGGAAGGCCGCUGCUGCCGUAUAAAAGGCUCGAUGGAAGCAUGACCAGCGCACAGAGACAGGCCGUGCUCGCUUGGUUUGCUCACAGUAAGCGGGGCCCGCACGACCCCGCGGCCUGGCGGCGGACGGACCAAGGAGAGGACCACACCCCCCAGGGCGACGCGUGCGACAGCGAAGGGCCGUUCGCGGGAGUCUUUCGAGAUCUUCGAGAGCAGGGCAAAGGCGCGGGCGAGGCACCAGCAGACCGCUGGCAGGAAGCAGACGUGGGAGACAGCCCUAUGGACAGCGACACCGACGCCGAAAACGGACGGAUUCUGCUUUGCUCUCUGAAAGCCGGAAACGUCGGGCUGAACCUGACGCGCGCCUCCCGGUGCUACCUCAUGGAUGGAUGGUGGAACCCCCAAGUGGAGAACCAAGCGAUGAAGCGAAUAUGGCGAUUUGGCCAGGAAAAACCGGUGAAAGUAAUUCGCUUUGUGUGCGUGAGAACGGUGGAAGAGCGUCUGGAAGAAAUCAAGGAGUUCAAAGGCUGGAUGGCGCGCGGCGUCUGCGAGACUGGAUUGGGCGUCGACGAGGUGGACGAGCAGGGAGUCCGGUCCGCCGGCCGCCCUGAGUCGUUCGAUGAAGACAAACGGAGGGGGCGACUUUCGAUUGAAGAGUUGAAGCGGCUCUUCAGAGGCUUCGAAACGGAAGAGGUUACGGGCACAGAAACGCACGACAACAGGAGGUAUCCAGGACCUGCGCUCCAGCAGGGCCUGGGCACGGCGGAAGACAACGGUGAAAGCGAUGCGGUAGCGACGCGAGGCUCGGCCUCCACAACGACGCCGCUGAAACGACCCCAGGCGCCUCAUACCACGCAUGUGGAAAGCGCUGGCGGCUUCGGGGACCCGCAGGCUGGCUUGAAGGGCUCUGUGGCAGCCGAGACACUCCUGUCAGGGGCAGAUAGUGCAGAGUCCGUCGCAGUUUCUAGCGACACCAAAUAG